AUGGAACCGGAGCCUGAUCAGCUAAAGGCCGCCGCCGGUGGGGGCCACCGCAAGCACCUCGCCAUGAUCGAACGCCUCUCCAAGCGCUCCUCCUCCUCUGCCGGCGCCCCACCCUCCGAUUCCUCUGACGCCUCGCCCGUCGAGGCCUUCCUUUCCCGCUUCGCCGGCGCCAAGCUCGCCGCGGAGUCAGCACUCACCGCCUGCCGCUCCUCUUCCGAAGACGACGCAACCGCAUCUCUGGCGGCUGCUGCGGCCGCCAUCGAUGACAUCGAUCGCCUCAUCGCCGAGGCGUCCCACGCGCUGCCCCCCUACGAGCUGCGCGCCGCCCUCGCCACCGCCGGCGACCUCCGCGCGGCACACAGGGUCGCCGCCUCUGAGCUCCGUCCCAAGAAGUCCUUCUCCUUCAGGAACAAGAACAGGAAUCUUAAGAACCCGCCUCAGGAUCAUGUCACCGCAUCGCCUCCGCAGCCACCUCCUCCGGAGCUGCCGAAGCCUAGUCUGGACGUGAUCCUACCAGGGUUCGGGUUCCGGGGCAAGAACGGCGCCACCUUUGUGAAGGAUCUGCGAGUCUCCAACGACAAGGAUGGGGAUUUCACGCUCGCGGAUUUGGUUUCCUGCGAGGUCUAUCUCAAGGGCAAAUGCCGGGCUCUGUACAUCCACAAGAUGAGAGAUUGCCGUGUGUUCGUUGGAGCUAUUCUUGGUUCUGUGCUUAUAGAGGACGUCCAAGGCUGCAUAUUUGUGAUGGCAGCACACCAGAUCAGGAUUCAUGAGGCGAGGGUGACGGAUUUCUACUUGCGGGUGAGGAGUAGGCCUAUCAUUGAGGAUUGCAGUGGUGUGAGAUUUGCACCAUAUGUUUUGAAUUAUGAAGGAAUUGAAGAAGAUUUAAAGGACUCUGGACUUGAGGAGGAGACCGGCACUGAGCUAGAUGGUGCAUGCAUAUCGAGGCAGCCAGUUGUAGAUGAUGCCGCUCCUGGAUGUUCUAGUUAUGAGGAAUCUUCAUCCAUCGUUGCUGAUCUGAAGAAAUUCAGAACUCAGCUGGUUGCCUUUGACAAAGCUUGGUGUGGUCAUCUUUACCAUUUUGUGGCAUGGAAAGUAAAAGAUGCUAAAUCAUUAGAGGACGACCUCAUUAGGUCUGCAUGCAAGCUUGAGCUGUCAAUGAUCCAAACAUGCAAAAUAACUAAUGAAGGCGAAUCAGAUAACAUUGGCGGUGAUUUGAAGGCCAUAUGGAAAAAGUCUAAUGUUUCUGAAACUGGGGAGAAUUCUAACAUGGAUUCUGAAAAGACAAGUCCAGUUGUCAAAUCUCUGGUUGGAGCUUCCUCUUCACCAUUUGAAAGCAGCAAAGGAGGAAAGCUGAUGAGUAACGCAGCACCAGAAAAAAUGCCUACUGAAAAUGAGCAAAUAGUCAAUGAGAUACUCCAUGAUAUACAUGAUUCUUUUGCUGAAAUCUCUGAUGGUACUGGUACCAUUGAAGGUGAUUUCAAGAGCGUUCUAUAUUCGGAAUUUGUUUGUUGGGUUCCGCCGCCACCGAACCCUUCAGAAAUGACAGAGGCGGAGAAGGUUGACGCUGCUUUGCGCCGUCUAGCAAAUCCUCCUAAAUGCAACUGUGGAGUGUCGGCGCUACUAACUACUCCCAACCAACGUGGAGCAUUCACCGCCUUCUAUCGCUGUGGAUCGCCAGAUUAUAGAGGGUUCCCAUCUUGUGACUUUGAGGAGUACAACUAUGAACCCAAAUCGCACUGGCCUUUUGACUAUGAAUUUGCGGAGUUCGAAGCAGGCAUUAAGCCAUGGCCAUGCACAAAGAUGCCGGAGCGUAAGUGUGGGGAGGACAUGCGAUUGAGAGGACUUCCCUGGUCGUGGAGAGUUAGUGGAGAGGCUGAAGAUACAUUCGUCUCUCGAAAAAGACAGGAAGCGUUGGAUGCGGGAGAAGCAGAUAGAGGUGAGGACGAGGUACGGGGUAUAGAUGCCACCAUGGAAGACCCGUAA